GAAUUACCAACACUGUUAGGCGAAACGAAUAUAUUGGAAAAGUUUGAGAACCACUGUUGGAGAGUAGUCAUACAGGAAUGCAGAAUUGGUCACGGAGGAAGCGUAGAGAUUACUUUCCGAUAUGAAUACGCGACGAUAUACGGGCGAAUCGAAAAGAAUACGGAGAUGAUGUCGUAGUAAAUGAUACGGUUGUUUAACCAGUUGUUUCUCUGUAUGUGCAAAUUUAACUUAAUUUUAAAGAUAAAAAUGUAUAGGAAAGACACUAUCUUGCGGUACAACAAAUUAAGAAAAUAAGUAAACAAAUGAUAAUUGUUUGCCACUGCGAAUGAUCCUAUUUUAUGUUCUGCUUAAAAAAUAUUUUUAAGAUGCGAGUGGAAAGUUCGUUAAUUCAAUUAGUCACUAUAUUUUUAUAUAUUUUAAAAACAAAAGCAGAAGGCAUUAUGUGCUACCGUUGUGUAGCAGCAUUUUCAGGAUAUGACAAAUCCGAACAACUUUGUUCCCAAUUCAAUGGAAAUAAAACGUUUCAAGUUUCUUGUCCUACGUCAACAUUUUGUGUAAAAAAAACUAUCUAUUAUAAAUCACAAACAUCCAUGGUUAAAACGGUUCAAAGAGACUGUGCUACUCAAAAGUAUUUAUCUAAAUCUUACGACCAUGAGAAAAGAGAAUGGUACGAUACGGAAGAAGUAAUAAAAACAGUUUACGAAGAGGGUUGCGCUACUGGCGAGGACAGAGGAGCAACUGGUAGACCACCCGAGUAUUGCUACUGCAAUUCCAAUUUGUGUAAUUUCUCUCCUUCAAAUAACACAGUAAAUGCGACUACUGUCUCCCUAUUGAUGCUAUUUUUGUUAUUUGUUAAAUUCUUACACGUUUAAGAGAAAUGGUAAUGGAAUUUUAUUGUUCAAAAGGCUAAUGCAAAUAUUGUAAUGCAUAUAUAGGAUAAAAAUUUAAACAUUGAUUAUACGCGAGGUAUAAUUUCAAAGAAAAAUAUCUACUAUGAGAUAUAUUCAAUGCAUUUCUUAUCAUGCAACAGUAUUCAAUGCAAUGAAUGCUUAUAUUCAAGAAUGUACUUUUAAUAUUGUGUAUUGUAUUUAUACAAAUUUACAUAAAAAUAGAUAUUAAUACUUUUGUGAUAUCAUUAUGUUAAGGAAAUAUUUAAGUACAAUAAAGAGAAGCAGAAUCUCAUA